AUGUUCUCCCUCAGCAACAAGAUCAAAGCGGUGAUGCUGAUUUCCCUAACUCUAACCGCCUACGCCGAGGACUCCCUCCGCGCGAUGGUGAAUCGGAUACCGGUAAAUCCUAAUGCCACCGUCUCAGAGCCUACCACGCUGCUUAUUCCGGAAGAGAGUGCAGAAGGCUGCCCAUCCACCUCUCGUCACGUCUUUACUCAAAUCGAUGGCGAAGUUUUCCGGCUCUUGACCCCAAGCGGGGCCACUCUUUGCAACACUUCGCAGGCCGGCGACGUGGCCAUGAGCGUCCUCCAUGGAAAUCGCACACUAGAGGAACGCCAGGUCUUGAAUCCAACAAUUGUCUCAUUUUCAGUCGAGCUCAUCGGCGGUACUGCUUUCUCGGGUACUCUAACACUUGCUACCGUGGCUGGCGUUGGUGCAAUUGCAGCUGCCAUUGUUGCUUUGUGGUGGGGCGCAAACAAAUUACUCAAUACCGAAACGGAACCAACAUCGAGCAAAAGAGGUCUAUUGCCACGACCGCAGCUGGCGGAGAAAAAGCGCCUGGGCCGUGACUCCCCUAAUUCUAUUGAUGUUGGUGGGCCACCAAAACCAAACCAGCACGACGUUUACGUCUCUUACUCUGAACCUAAUGACGAUGUCGAGAGCACGGACAACGAAAGUCAAUCUCGCGACUCUUCGAUUGCAAACUCAUGUGUGAGCCAGAUUGAAGGGAGUUCAUCCACUGCGCAAGGUGGCUGUUGCAAUGUAGAUAUGGUCGGCUCAGAGGGCUAUAAUUAUUACUCUGCAGUCGGUGUUGCUGCAGUGGCUGCUGACUCUGGUUAUAAUUUCCAAUGUUAUCAGGAUUAA